AUGACAGAGUUGCAUGCAGCUGCGGAGGUCGGUGACUUGUGGGUGCUAAAUAAGCUGCGGUGGAGAAGAGACAUAGAUGUCAACGCGGUGGAUGCGGAAGGACGCACAGCCCUUCACAUUGCGGCAUCACACGGUCGUAUAAAAUUUAUCGAGGCGCUGCUCAAAAAGUUCAGGUCUGUUGACACCUGCAUUCUUGACAAGAACAAAAAAACAGCACUUCAACUGGCCCCGCCGGAGGUUCAGAGUCAAUUGUCGCUAUUAUUAUCAUUGAAAGAGGCCAAGGCGUUGGAGCGAUGCACAAAGGACAAUGAGGAAGAGAAGGAAGAGGAGAAUAUGUACAAGGAAAACGAUGUGGAGAGUGCGGAAAUGGUGAACCCGCGUGUUCUUCGCAAGGUUGUUGUAUGUGUUCUGCUCCCAUUCGUGAUUCUUAUUUUUAUCAAUGGCCUUUUCUUUGCCGUGCAGUUUAUUACUGUCACUCUGGCCUUCUAUUUUGUUUCGCUUGGAUACUUUGUGUCAGAGAUUGCCAUUCGCCCGCCGUGGUAUCAUCAUCACCCUAACUGCUCGAAGCUGACGAUGCAUAAUUGCCCGGAAUACUGGAACGGAUGUAUUCAUGACCCACUCACAGACCUUGGGCUUCCAUACGAUGACGUCUCCUUCGCCUCCACGGAUUCUUAUACUCUAUAUGGGUGGUAUGUCCCGCCUCCUGUCGCGAACGCACGAAAGAUGGGCCUUGUGCUCGUGCAUGGUGGGGGCAGAGACCGACGUGCCUGGCUUCGUCACGUGCCCUUUUUACACCAGGCAGGUUACGGCUGUCUGCUAUUUGACUUCCGUGAGCAUGGUCUAAGCGAUGGAAAUAUGCGGGGAUUUACGUAUGGUAUGAAGGAGCGCUUUGACGUCGUGGCGGCGUGCCAAUUCAUGCGGUCUACCUAUCACUAUGAACAGAUAUGCGCCAUGGGGACGAGUGUUGGCGGGUCUUCUGUCAUCAUGGCAGCUGCCAUUGAUAAGAGUAUCGAUGCUAUUAUCGCAGAAAACGCACUGCUCACUUGUGCCACGCUUCAGGAUCAGAAAAUUGUUGAGGUGGUCGGUGGUUAUUUCUCCAGACGGGCGUAUAGUAAGUUUUUUUUGAACUUGUUCCGCCGCACCUCGUCGUUCUGGUUAAAUCUUCGUAUUGGUAAUAAACCGACCAAACACUGCCAAGCACUGCACUGCAUUGGAAAGAUUUCCCCACGGCCUAUACUGCUUAUGCAUGGCACUGCCGAUGAAUUAGUUCCGUACCGUCACUCGUUGCAGCUCUACGAAGCGGCGCAGGAACCGAAGGAGUUGUACAUCUCUGAGGAUGCCUUCCACUGCGGCCUACACAAUACACACAAGGAGGAGUAUGAAGAGCGGGUUCUGAAUUUCCUUCAGAGGUAUGGGGGAGAGAAACCAAUUGUGGAAUCGGGAGAGACAACAAAGAAAACAGAAUAG